GGGUUAAUAUACACAACGUCCUGCCCUCUACAGCUUUUUCUAGCCAUCUGUUACACAAACAAUAAAAAUACGACAUUGUCACAGCGCUCAGCUCCAAAUUGUCACUAUACGUCAAAGAAACAUGAUUUUAAUUUCAUAGAUUUCGUAAUAAAGAUGAUAUUUACUUAUAUUAUGAGUUUGUUACGAUUAUAAGACGAUAAUUAUAGGGAUAGAACAAAUUUGUAGUUAUGACAAAACGGAAUGAUUAUAAUAAAAUUAAAUUAUAAUAGAAACAGCUCCAAUGUCGCUUCUCAAACUUUUAAAAGCGCCCAGCUUGCUAUUUAAGAAAGACGUAAUUACGUUCGUUAUUAUUCGGCGACAGGAUUUAGGUGUCGUGGAUGAAAGACUUCGUUACAUAGCAGUUAAGCCCUCUGCGUCGAUAUCACUGCUUCGACAGAAAGUGUGGCAUCUCCUCGACCUUCCGGACUACUGCGACGAAAUCAUCAAACUGAAAUCACAGGAUGGCAAGGAACUACCAUUAACUGAACUGCGGAAAGGCAACGAUCCACAGCAUCCUUAUAUUUUAGAAGUGUGGUUGCCUGGAAAUUCAAAUUCAUCAUCAACUACAUUUCAUAAUAUGAUAACAAUGGGCGAUAGCACAAUACUGAAUCGAAACACGAGCUCAAGCGGCGACUUUGAGGAGAAUUUACAUAAUGACGGCAGCGCAAAGUCCUUAGUUCCAGAACAAACAUUAUCCAAAAACACCGUGCCAGUAAACAAGAUCCAGGAUACCGAGAACAAUCCACCAAACCUCUUACACAACUAUAGGCCAGCGGAUAUGUCAGUACAACUAUCAACAUCCUCGAUCUUCUACAAACUCCACGCUAGAAAGAGCCGCGACAAUUUCACAAAUAUAUUGCUAAAAAUACAAAACGACCUUGCCAUCCUUAGCAACAAAUUAUCCAAUUUGGAGAGUAAAAUUCGCGUAUAACUUUCGGAAAUGAAACGAAACAUUUUAAA